CUUGCCCCAUAUUUGAAAUAGUCUUCGAACAGAAAUGGUGCUAUCAUCGACCGUAUUAGCACUUCUCCCAGUGAUAGCGCUUCUGGCGCUGUGGUGGAAAUUUCGUCGUUUCUAUCAAAUAUCUUCCGAACUGCCGGGGCCCAUCAAUUAUCCGCUGGUCGGUUGCGGUCAUCUGUUUUUCGGAAAAUCUAACGAGAAACGGUUUGCCAUCGUAAAUGAUUUGACCAGAACGUAUCCAUCGCCGUGCAGAUUUUGGCUCGGCCCCAAACUGUUUGUGUUCAUCGAUAAUGCUGAGGAUAUUCAAAUUGUUUUGAACUCGCCAAAUUGCUUGGAAAAGGCUGAACCUUAUAGAUUCAUUAGGAGUGUGAGAGGGCUGUUCACCUCGCCAGUGGAUUUAUGGAAAGUUCAUCGAAAACUGUUAUCACCAUGUUUCAAUAAUGCAGGUCUUUUGACAAGUUUUGUGUCAAUUUUAAACGAAAAAAGUAAAAUACUGGUGCAACGUCUCGAGAAAAGUAUUGGAGAAGAAUCAUACGAUGUGUACAACGACAUAUCCAGAUGCACUCUGGAUAUGAUUUGUGCAACUUUUCUGGGAAGCGAUUUGAACUUGCAAAGCAACAAAGGCACCAAAUUGAUUAAAGCUGUUGAACAUGGUAGUGAAUUGAUCAACAAUCGUUUUUAUAAUAUUUGGCUCCAUCCGGAAUGGAUUUAUCGGAGAACAAAACACUUCAGAGAAGAACAGAAGUGUUUUGAACAGUUUUUUGCUCUGCAACGUGAAGUACUGGAACGUAGGAGAAAAGAACGAACUGAAAUUACGAAUGAUAGCCGCGACCAGAAAAAAUCUAACAUAUUUAUAGAUCAAGUUAUACAAAUCUCAGAAGAAACAGGAAUAUUCGACGAUACUGACGUGCGCGACGAAAUCUGUACCUUGAUCGUAGCAGGAAACGAAACCUCAGCACUGAAUCUUUCCACGAUCAUUCUAAUGUUAGCGAUCCAUCAGGAGAUUCAAGAUGAGGUGCACAACGAAAUUGUGAACGUGUUGGAAGGCUGUGAUCCAACAAUCGAACACCUUGCGAGACUAAAAUACACAGAAAUGGCAAUAAAGGAAGCAAUGAGACUGUUUCCUGGUGGACCUGUAUUCGGAAGAAAAUGCACUGCCCCGACGUGCAUAUCGAAAUCUGUCAUUCCAGAAGGGACCAACAUUAUUCUGGGAAUCUACAACGUGCACCGAAAUCCGAAGCACUGGGGAACCAACGUGGAUUCCUUUGACCCGGAUCGCUUCCUCCCAGAGAGGGUUGCCGAGCGGCACCCUUACGCGUUCCUUCCAUUCAGCGCUGGAUUACGCAACUGCGUGGGUCACAAGUACGCUAUCAUGGAUAUGAAGAUAAUACUAUGCUAUUUGUUGCGCUCGUACCGGUUCCGCUCGCCCCUGAAAAUGGACGAGUUGCAGCUCACAAUGAGUGUCACACUGAAGAUCACGAACAGACAAGUGGCGAUCGAACGAAGAGGCGAGUAGCGGUUCUAUGGGAAGAGAUACCACUUAGCAAUUAAACAUGAACCUAACAUGUAAUUUGUGGGAAAUAAAUUAAGGGAUCGCGCUUGUUAGAGCACAGUUACUGGGAAAUAUAUGUAUUAAAACGUUUGAUUCUAUGCCUGAUAUUGCUAAUAUAAAGUUCUUAAUAUUGUGAUUUUAUUCACACACCGUUUCUGAAAACUUCAGUGGAAUCACGUGAAACAUUAUCAAAACACUUAAUACGAGUAUCGUAUGCGUUUGCUACUGAUGAUGAUAAUAUACCCUUCCUUCACUUCCUCAAAAGUAUUACGCAAUUCAGCGAUAGCACCACAUUACAUUGCUUGUUUCAUCAUCUAUUUAGUCGUGAGAAUAGUGAAGCGUGCCACUUGAUAAUAAUGCAACAAUUGUACAAAUAAUUUUAACAAAUAUGAACAGCACAAUGGGAACGAGCUACAACUAUAAAAGAAGAAGAACUGGUACGAUAUUACAACUAGCUCAAUUACUAUCCGUGAGCAUUAUAAACCGGGUGUAAUUCAAAACUGACUAGGCUGUCCUUAAAUGCGUGUAUGUACAAUGUAGGUCUUCUUCUUCUUAUAGGCAUUACAUCCCCACACUGGGACAGAGCCGCCUCGCAGCUUAGUGUUCAUUGAGCACUUUAACAGUUAUUAACUGCGAGGUUUCUAAGCCAGGUUACCAUUUUUGUAUUCAUAUAUCAUGUUUUUUUUUACAC